CAAAGAAGAAGAAAAAGUAGAAGGGCCAUCUCCCUUUCUCCCUUUUCCUGUCUCCUCUGCUACUCGCGCAAUUUGCAAAUAUCACAACUGUUAGACGAGGCAAAGCUGAAAUAACGCAAUCCGGUUUUAUUGGGUUUUUUUGGUGUUUGUUUUUCCACACGUUUCGGCGUCGAUCAUCACAUUAAUAGCAAAAACGACACAAGCGUUGUUAUGUGGCUUAUUCAAAUAAGUACUACAUGCUUCUUUCGCUUUCACUUAAUAUGGUACCGACAUAAAUAUUCAACAGAAUCUGGACUUCCGGAGAAGUGGGGGAAAUAAUGCUCUGCAUUUUUCUUCCACUAUGUGUAUUGCUUCUGCAUGGUGUUUCUGGUGCUGAUACAGACAGAGAGUCAGUGACUGUGAAGGAGGGAGAUUUAGUCACUCUAAACACUGAUGUUAAAACGAACCAUAGAGACAGAAUUAAAUGGUAUUUUAAUGAUACUCGUAUAGCUCAAAUCAUUGGAAAUAUUAGUAUCUGUACAGAUGUUCAGUGUAAUGAAGGAACUGAGAGAUUCAGAGACAGACUGAAGCUGGAUCAUCAGACUGGAUCUCUGACCAUCACAAACAUCAGAAACACAGACUCUGGAGAAUAUCAACUACAGAUUACCAGCAGCAGCAUCGACAGCCUUAAGAUCUUCACUGUUACUGUUAGUGGAGCUGUAGUAGUGUCAAUGAAUGAGGGAGAUUCAGUCACUCUAAACACUGGUGUUACAAAAAACCAACAAGACAGAAUAAUGUGGUAUUUCAAUCACACUCGUAUAGCUCAAAUCAAUGGAGAUAUCGGUAAGCUCUGUACAGAUGUUCAGUGUAAAGAGAGAUUCAGAGACAGACUGAAGCUGGACAAUCAGACUGGAUCUCUGACCAUCACAAACACCAGAAACACAGACUCUGGGGUUUAUCAUCUACAGAUCAACAACCGCAACAGUGAAAAGAUCUUCAAUGUAACUGUUUAUGGUGUUUCUGCUGCUGAACAAGAUGAAGUGAAGGCAGUGGAGGAGGGAGAAUCUGUCACUUUAAAUCCUGGUGUAAUGAAAACCCCAAAUUAUGUGAUCAGAUUAUAUUUUAAUGAGAUUCUCAUCACUGAAAUCACUGGAGAUCAGAGUAAGAUCUGUACAGAUGAUCAGUGUGAAAAGAGAUUCAGAGACCGACUGAAGCUGGAUCAUCAGACUGGAUCUCUGACCAUCACAAACACCAGAAACACGGACUCUGGAGAAUAUCAACUAGAGAUCAGCAGCAGAAGCAGCAGCAGCUUCAGUAUUAGAAGGAUUAAGAGCUUCAGUGUUACUGUCACAGAUUCAGGUCUGUCUUUAGGUGCUGUAGCAGGAAUAUGUGUUGCUGUUCUUCUGGUGAUUGCUGCUGUAACUGCUGGUGUGAUUUACUAUCACAAGGAUCCAAGUACAAGAUGCGGGGGGACAGGAAAUCAUUUCCAGGACAUUGUUGUACGAUUCUCACGUGUUAGUCAGAAUGAGGAUCUUCCUAACAGGACAUCUCAUAAUGGUCACUGAAGAGAAGAUGGGUACUGAGAAGAGGAUCAAACUCACUGAAAUGCUCAUGUAGUCUUAUUAUUUUCAAAAAAGGCAGUUAAGCAUUAAAUCAGCAAUAAAGUAUUAAGAAAAGUAACACUUUACCAGCAAUAAAACAGCAAGACCAGGGGCCUGUUCCAUGAUGAUAGUUGACAAAACCAAACCACUCCAAUCCGGCUUUGUUGGUACCAUGAUGCUUAUCUUCAACUCGGGCUUUGAUCCUGAGUUUUUUUGAUCCUCAGCUUAUUUAUUUUACAUAUGAUCUUGAUCU